AUGCAGCGCGUCGACUCUAGCUCGAGCGUUCCUUCGCUCUCUACGCUUCCCGCCCUUAACACCAACCCUGCAGUAGCCUCAAGUGUUGCUUCGCAUGCUGGCAAGUACUAUCACCAAGAUCAGGAGGACGACAUGGAGGUGAUGGAGUCUGAUGACGAGGAUCGCAUCAACCCCUCAUCGUCAGCGUCGUCUUCGAACAACCAUUACUACGGUCACCCGUCCUCUGCCAAGGCACAGCGUUCCAGCUUCAAGCGUCGAUCCGACUCUUACAUUUUGACCACUGCUCCAUCGGCCGGUUCUCCUGGAUCCUACACCUUCCACUCCACGGCUGAAGACUCGACUGAGUCAGGUGCCUCGGCUGACGCUAUCCAUGCCUCGCUCGUUCUCGCUCGACACAUCUUUUCGGUCGCUGUUACCGAAAAGUGGUGCAGACAAGACAACUUCUCCAACGCUGUCGCCGUCCGACUCCAAGUGGGAAGCUACAUCUUGUAUCCUCAGGAAGGUUCAUCCAUGCCUGCCUUUUCUCGAGCCAUGCUGGAGCUUAAUUGCGAUGCCGCUAUCAUCAUCAACACUCCCCUUGUUGCAGCAGCGCUCUCCACCCUCAACCCGGGAGAGACUGAAAUCCGUUUGAGCAGUUCCAAGCGAGUGCAGGUGGUUCACAGCCUGGAUUACCUUGGUGGUGCCCGACGUGCCCAGAUGGCUGCCUUCUCCGACACGGAGCAAGUGCUCGUCAUCUGGACAGAGUCCUGCCGAGACCUUAUCGAGCAGGUGCGUAGCUUCGAACGCCUGAUGGUUGACUAUGUAUGGUCUAUCACUGCCGACCCUACUGCCUCAGCUCGUCAAAGCUCGAUUUCGCGCUCGCCUUCGCUUAUGUCGUUCAACACCACGGUCGACAAUUCUGGUAUCACUCCUUCCGGCUCGGCCGAGUCAGAUCUCCAGCAGCUCGUAAACUACGUUCCCGAGGUUCGCAGCGUCCAGUCUUUCGCCGGUGCUGUUCGCGGCCUUAGUAUCUGCAUGGCCACUGUCGUCAUUGCAAAUUGGAUUCGCCAGAUCGUUCAGGCAGUUCGCCUGGAUGGCGAGCCGAUCUACCUCGUCGUUCUCCUGGCCAUCUUCCCCAUGUUCCUCGUGAUUCUUCCUCUCACCGAUAAUGUUGCCAGCUGUGUCGCCAUGGCGAUCGGACCGAUCCGUCCCAUGAUGCGCAACUCGCGCUACUACUCAGGUGUGACUCCCGUUGCCCCGCUCGGCAAAACCAUCCUCCCCCACGUCACUAUUCAAGUGCCUGUCUACAAGGAAUCUCUCAAGCAUGUUCUGCAACCAACGCUCGACUCAGUGCGCGCUGCUAUCACAGAAUACGAGUUGCAGGGAGGUACGGCUUCAAUUCUCAUUGGCGAAGACGGCAUGGCUGUUAUCGAUGAAGAGGAGAGGCAGACGCGUCUCGACUUUUACCGUCGUCACGACAUUGCUUGGAUCGCUCGUCCUCGUCACGGCGACAUGUUCGAGCGUGCCGGUCGUUUCAAGAAAGCUUCCAACUUGAACUUCAGCAUGCAGAUUUCCAAGAGGUACGAAGAGGAGAUCCUUGCCAACCCAAACCAGGAUCGCGAGGCGCUUUUGCAGCGCAUCCUAAAGGAGCGACAUCCCCAAGCUGAGGGCGAGGGUGAUGUCAGCAUUGGUGAAUUGAUCCUGAUCAUUGAUUCAGACACUCGUAUCCCCGCCGACUCACUUCUGCCCAGUGCUUGGGAGAUGACUUCCUCGCCUGAAGUUGGUAUCCUGCAGCACUGUUCUGGUGUUCUGAUCGUUGGCUCUGGAUUUUUUGAAAAGUCGCUUGCCUACUUUAUGCGCUUCGUCUACUUUUUCAUCUCGUGGCAGACUGCUACGGGCGAGGUGGCUCCUUUCGUUGGACACAACGCCUUCAUCCGCAAGUCGGCUCUCAGCGAGCUUGCUGAAGAGUCGCUCAGCAACAAGAACAGCGAGGGCCUCAUCAAGCCUUGGUCUGAAGAAACUGUAUCAGAGGAUCUCGAUCUUGGCCUGCGCCUCCUGCUCAAGGGGUGGGUUACGCGAUGGGCUACCUACUCCAACUACGGCUUCCAAGAGGGUGUGUCUCUUACCUACGUUGAUGAACUCAACCGUUGGCGCAAGUACACUUACGGUAUCUUCGAGCUCUUCCUUAACCCGCUUUGGCGCUGGCCUGUUCAUGGUCCUGUACCCAAGCUCAUCCGCACAGUUUUCUGGUCGAGCAAGGUGCCUACGCACUACAAGGUCCACCUGCUCGCUUACGCCGCCAGCUACAUCGCCAUUGGAGUCUCGCUGCCGAGUGCUCUUGGUCUCUACUUUGUCCAAGGAUGGCUCGGUCCUUGGUUGGCACCGUUCUUUAUUUCUUCAUUCCAAUACUGGGUCGUUUCUCUCGUCAUUUUUGGCGCUACGGGCUUCAUUGGUGUCACCAUCGCUCGUCACCGAAGUGGCGAUGCCAACAUCUUUGUUGCUCUUGGCCAACACCUUCUUUGGUACCCGAUCAACCUGAUCACGAUCAUCUCACUCUCGUUUGCUCUCAUCAAGGCGUCGCUCAUCUACCUAGUUUCGCUUCCUAUCUCAUUCGGUGUCACCGCCAAGGACGACAGCGACUUCCACUUUGCCACCGAGGCGCCGUUGGUGCUGCGUCAAUUCUGGCAAUCCAACACGCUCUGCAUUGCCAUCAUAGCGGCUGUCAGCGUACUCGCCACCUCGGCGGUGCCUCUUGGCUGGCAAAUCACCGAAUGGCCAACGAUGCUCCCCAUCAUGGUCAUCGCGGUGUCUACGCUCCUGUCGCCUUUCAUUCUCAACCCUGCCUUGAUUCGAUUCUCAUUCUGA